AUGCCUCCACCACAGCGACGUACAGCGCGCAGAGAGCUUGACCCCUGUAUGAGAGCUCGUAUAUGUGAGCUCCAUACAGAGGCGCACUGGGGUUAUAAACGGAUACACCGCGCGCACCCGGAAAUCCCUAUAUCAACUAUCCGGAAUACAAUCAAGAAGGAGCAAGAGCGUAUAAAUCAACGCUCAAUGCCUCGUACGGGGCCCCCGGAGAAGUUGACGGACGAGAAUAAGCAGAAGCUUAUUGAGUUGACGAUUCAGUAUCCUCAUAUUAAAUAUAUGGAGCUCCGGAAUGCGAUCGACAAUAAAGUUACUAUUCGCACUAUCCAGGGCAUGUUUCAAAAAAUCCAUAAGAGGAAAUGGAAGUGUCGGAAUAUCAAUCUCAUGAUUCGGCGCUUCUGCACCCCGGUGCAGAAGCAAGCACGUACGCUUGUCGGACUAGCCUUGCUACCGUCUAUGCUUCGUGAUACGGACCUACUACGGUGUUGUGAGAUAGGAGCGAUGAAUUUAGAUUAUCGUGGGAGCGUUGUCCCUGGAGAGACUGUUGUCCUCACUACUGUGGCAUCGGCUGUGUAUAAUAUGACGGUGCAAGCGAGUAGUAUUAUUGGAACGAAUAUAUACUGGAGUAACGAUGCACCACUGUAUCUCAGGGGUAGCAAGGUUCUCAUCGGGAUCGCUUCUUUGAGUCUGUUUCUGUUCCUGUUCGCAAAGGUAUACUAUGAUCCAAAGAAUUACUACCGAGCACGAAAGUGGAAUGCGAUGAGUAGCGAGGAACGAGAUGCAUAUCUUGCUGCUAAUAAAGAUAGUGACUACUUGCACGGCUCCAAGGGACAUACAAUAUUUGACGUGAUUGGAAGAUCUGUGGAUAUACGAGCCGAAUUCCCCUCUACUUAUCGGAUCUGGAUCACUUCUGGGAGGGAUUCAACGUCAAUUGAUGACUCUUUCAAUAUUGAGUACAUAACGAUCUUGGAGACGAUACUAAUGGCUUAUAUGUAA